GUUUCCUUUUUACCGUGUUCUCUGGGCGAGCACACGGACGCUCUCAUCCCCGCUCCGGCGCUCCACCUCUCGCUCCCAAAUCUAUUUCUUGAGCUUCCCAGCAGCACAAGGAUGGCCAGAAGAUGGGCUCCUUUGCUCCUCGUUGUCCUCCUCUCCUGUGCGCUUCCCUGCUGCUCAGGCAAACAAACUGUCCAUGACGACUUGAAUCCAGCUCAACCAGUGAUGCCAAUCACAGUCCCAUCUACAAACCCAACACCAAUAAUCAUCAGUGUUCCUUCCACAAAUCCUACCAUCACAAUUCCUUCGUUGAACCCUCUGUCUACACCCAUCACUGCCCCCUCAAUGGUGAAUCCUUCCAUCUCACCUGCGCCUGUGACAUACCCACUGCCAACUCCUUCAACCUCCGCGCCAACUGCAUCAAUCAUCACUCCUGUCACCUCCCCUUCAACAUUUCCUACUUCCCCACCAGCGACCAACCCAACAACAAACCCAAUUGUGCCUGCUUUCAGCAUGUCACCUCCCGGUCCGACUACAGUUCCAGUUGUUUCAGGGCAGCAAGUAUGGUGUGUGGCCAAGGCUGGCUCAGCACAACCUGCACUUCAGAAUGCACUGGACUAUGCAUGUGGUAUUGGAGGAGCAGAUUGCUCAGCAAUACAACCAUCGGGCAGUUGUUAUUAUCCAAAUACCUUGGAUGCGCAUGCAUCUUAUGCUUUCAACAGCUAUUACCAGAGGAGCCCUGCACCCUCCAGCUGUGACUUUGGGGGCGCAGCGGUGCUUGUCAAUGUUAAUCCUAGCUCAGAAAGCUGUGUUUUGGCAUCAUCAAUGUUGUCACCAUCAAGCUCCGUAGCUGGGUAUAAUCCUGCUUUGACGACUCCUACUACAUCAUCCACUAGUCCUAUUACUCCUACUACGCUGUCUGGUUCAGGUUCAUCAGUUCUAAACCCGGGUGGCUCAGGUUCUUCCAGUUCUGGGUUUGGGUCAGAUAUUGCAGACACUAGCAACUGUUGGCGCACAAUCUCUCCCAAUUGGUGGUCAUUGGCAGCUUUGUUCUCAGUGCUUGCAUUUGCAUACAUCAAAGGAAUAGUUUUGGAAACAGAGUAGUUACAGCUGAUGUAAAGGCUAGGGAAUUCACUCGUCCAAGUUGUAUGGCAGAUAGUAGGAACUGUAGGAAUUAGUAGCAACUAGGGUUAAUUUGCUUUUGAUAGUCUGGUCGGUAGCUGUUGUAGUGAAGAAAGAAAGAAAAAAAAUAUUCUCUUUUUUGACUUUUAAGUGUUGAUCCUGUUGCUGGAUGUAAUUGGGCGAUAUGGUCCGGGAGCAAUCAUGGGAAACACCUCCCGAUUCAGUACAAAGUUGAAUGGCAUGAAAA